UAUGCUCUACAGCAACCUUCAAGCGUGACUCCCUCAGUUCCGAGAUUGUCCACCACGCGUCGUACCAUUCCCAACGACGUCGUUUGCUCCUCCUCCUCCCUCUCACUUUCCGGUGCGGCGGCGCUGCUACUUCCGCCAUGAAACAAGCUUCUUCUCCGGCGGCGGAGGAGGAAGAUUCCGUCCGCCAAUCACUCCGCACCCUCUCCGAUUCCAUUUCCCGCGUCCAAAUCCUCAAAGGCAAGUGGUCACUCGCGGCGGCGAAGGUCAACACCCUCCUCGACCGCCUCUCCGACCUCUCCGCCGCCGCGGCGAACUCGCUUUCCGCCGAUCUCCUCCGCGCUAUCGCCGCCACGUCCUCCGCCGCCGCCGCCCUCGCCGACGCCUGCCGCUCCCCGAAUCCCCCCGGCGGCAAGCUCAAAACUCAAAACGACGUCGAUUCGAUCUCCGCCAAGCUCGACGCUCACAUCAACGACCUCCAAGUCCUCGUCCGGAGCGACGCCGCCGACGCUGCGACUGCCGCCGGUCGGCGCGAACCGGUCCGGUCCGAGGCGCGGAACCUGCUGACCCGGCUCCAGAUCGGCUCGAACGAGUAUAAAAGCUCCGUCCUCGACUCGCUCCUCGGCCUCCUCCAGGAAGACGAUAAGCACAUCUUCAUCGCCGCCGCGUACGGCGUCGUUCCGAUCCUCGUCAACCUCCUCGACUCCAGCUCCUCCUCUGAAAUCAAGGAGAAAACCGUCACCGCCAUAGCCAGGAUCUCCGCCGUCGAUUCGAACAACCAUCUCCUCUCCGCCGAAGGUCUACUCCUCCUCAACAACCUCCUCCGCGUCCUCGAAUCCGGCAGCGUCUUCGCCAAGGAGAAAGCGUGCGUCGCCAUUAAAGCUCUGAGCAAUUCCAAGGAGAACGCCAGAGCAAUCGUCUCCCGCGGCGGAAUCUCUUCGCUGCUCGAGAUUUGCCUCCAGGGGACGCCUAAUUCCCAAGCCCUAGCCGCCGGCGUCCUCCGCAGCCUCUCCGCAUUCGAAGAAAUCAAAAACUCCAUAAUCGAAGAAAACGCAGUUCCAGCCUUACUAAUCCUCUGCAACUCCGGCACCGCCAUGGCUCAGGAGAAUUCCUACGGAUGCUUCUGCAAUCUACUCCCCGGAAACGACGAAUUGAAGCUAACAUUCGCAAGAGAAGGCGGAAUCGAAAGCUUGACAAAUUUCUGGGACUGCACAGCUCCCUCUGUUCAUAGCCUCGAGGUCGCAGUUACCUUAAUCCGCAUCCUAUCCACAUCUCCGAUCAUCGCCGACGUCCUCCUCAGCCGCGCCUUCCUCGACAGAGUCGUCCGUUUAUUAAGCUGCGGCGUAUUAGGCGUUCGAAUCGCAGCGGCGAGGGCAUUACCGGAAAUGGCAUACAACAGUAAAUUGAGGAAGGAACUCGGAGCAAUGGGAUGCAUAAGUUUGCUCGUCGGAAUGUUAGACGGGAAGGCCGUGGAGGAGCGGGAGGCGGCGGCAAUGGCGCUAUUGGAGCUAAUAUCCUACGCGCCGAACCGGAGGAUCUUGAGGAAGGAGGAGAAGGGGAUCAUUUGCAUAGUCCAAUUGUUGGAUCCAUCGGUGAAGGAUUUGAACAGGGAGUAUCCGUUGUCAAUAUUAUCGGCGAUUGUGCACGACAAGAAGUGCCGGAAAAUGGCGGUGGUGGCGGGGGCGCGGCUGCAUUUGCAGAAGCUUGUCGACGCGAACGUCGCUGGCGCGAAGAAGGUUCUUGAUGGGCUCCGGGGAGGGGGGCCGUGGGGGGUUUUUGGGAAGGGAUGAUCGAGGAAGAAGAGGUAUGAAUUUGGUUAAGGUACGUAACAAUAAUGUGUUUUCUGUACAGUGAUGUUUGAAUAUGUGAAUGGUGAUUCUGUGAUUAUCAAAUUGUGUUUCUUGCUUGA